AUUUUCUAAAUCACAAAAUUAAAAUAGGUGUAACUGUUGGAAUAAUUAAUAAUUAUGAAUUAAAAUAUAAAAGAAAUGUAAAGAAAAAUUUAGACUUGAAAAAGGUGAAGCUUCGUGAAGAAUGGAUAUUUGAAACGAGUUGAACCAAUUUGGGAAUGAAUGGAUAGUUGCUUUGCUUGAUUUUUAGAUCGUUGGUUUAGGUGCUGGCUUUUGAUUAAUACCUCAACAAGCAUGUAUGAAUAGAAUGAUUGAAUUUCCUUUUAUUUGUCAAUUGUUUCCAAUUUGUAUAGUAUUUUCCUUACCUUUACUAAUGUAUGUAUAUGCGCUAAAUGCAUUGAAGUUAUAACAAUAAUAUUUUAAUAGAAGGAAACUAGGACGAGUUAUUAUAGGAUGCGUUUUAAAAAGAGAAAUUAAAGAAGACAAAUAUGUUAAACUUGUUGGAGGAGAAAUUAAAGAUUUUCAAUUGUUUGACUUAAUAUACAAAUUCACUUCUUUAUUUGGCAGGUGUACCAUAUAUGAGAAAAAAAUAUACAUCAGAAAAGGGGAAAAAAACUCGGCUCCAACCCAAAAGUCCAGCAUGCCUUUUGGGUUGGGUCGUGGGUUUAGUUUAUAUCCGGUGUGUGUGUGUGUUUCUUAACUAAGGUAAGGGAGGAAUACAACAAAAGGCGAGGUGUGUAGGUGUGUGGUGUGGGUUCUUCCUUAAGGCUCUAAGCCAUCCCCGUCCCCUUUCCCUCAGUUUUCUAUCCCACAUCGAUAGAAAGAGAGAUGUGUGUGUUGGAUAUAAGCUCCUCGGCUCCAACCCAAAAGUCCAGCAUGCCUUUUGGGUUGGGUCGUGGGUUUAGUUUAUAUCCGGUGUGUGUGUUUCUUAACUAAGGUAAGGGAGAAAAGGGGAAAAAAAUGUACCGCUUUACCGGUUUAAAAAGUACAAAAUGUGUGUCACCAUUUUUUGUUUCUGGUUUUUUUUUUCCCAAGAAUUUUGCUUGCAUGAUUUCGUUGCUUCAAAUUCUAAAAAGUCUCGAUAAACCCAGAAAGUCCAUAACAAAACAGCCCAAGAAUACACUGGGCCUCAAUUCCCACAAUUUUGAAUUUGGAGAUGUCCGGAGUUCUCCAGACGCUAAAAGGGGUGAUUGUAGAAAGUUCGUAGAAAAAGCAAAAGACUUGCCCCUCGGAUAGUGUGACAGCGGCAAGAAACUUCAGGAAAACUCCAGACGUCUGGUCUCCGGCUCUCCCCUCCCCUCCUCUAAACUAUAAAUGCCAAGCUUCCUCCCCUGUUUUGUCAUCGCAGAAUAUUCAUCCCGACUCAGCACAAUUCAGUUAUCUUGAAAACCUAUUCGUCGUCAAAUCUCCCAUUAUCUCGGAAAAAACAAAAAAAGAAUGUCGCUCGUACCAAGCAUCUUCGGCGGCCGACGAAGCAACGUUUUCGACCCAUUUUCUCUUGACAUUUGGGAUUCCUUUCCUUUCUCAGACGCCAGUCUGGCCAACGUCCCAAAUACGGCAAGGGAGACAUCAGCAUUUGCAAGCGCCCGCAUAGAUUGGAAAGAGACCCCAGAAGCCCAUGUCUUCAAAGCCGAUCUUCCAGGGCUGAAGAAAGAGGAAGUGAAGGUGGAAGUUGAAGACGGGCGGGUGUUGCAGAUUAGCGGAGAGAGGAGCCGCGAGCAAGAGGAGAAGAACGACAAGUGGCAUAGGAUAGAGAGGAGCAGCGGCAAGUUCCUGCGCAGGUUCAGGCUGCCAGAGAAUGCCAAGUUGGAUCAGGUGAAGGCUGGUCUGGAGAAUGGCGUGCUCACCAUCACUGUACCGAAAGAGCAAGUGAAGAAGCCUGGGGUUAAGGCCACUGAGAUCUCCGGUUAAAUAGUUUCGGGUUCUGAGCCUUGUGGAGGACAGGGUAAUUUUGUGUGAAAUGUUUCUUUAAUGUUGGAAAACAUUUGGACAGUGAAAAAAAAAGAUUAAAAAAUGUAAAUUGGAUGAGGUGCUUGUAUGAACAUCUAUCUGUUUGCUGCUGUCGUGAUUAUAAUUUGUGUCUGAGAAGUGAACAGACUUUUGUUUUGUUCUGCAAUCUAUCCCUUUUUUUUUUGGGUUU